CGCAGACAUCAACCGCCAAAUAGCCGGGCGCUUUGAACACAGUGCCAAUGUAACUAUUUUAUCAUUAUUUUGGGACUAAAUUUCAGAUAUACAAAAUGUAUAUCAAGGAAAUAAUCGUCGAUGGCUUUAAGUCGUAUGCCCAGAGGACUGAAAUUAAGGGAUUUGACCCCCUUUUCAACGCAAUUACUGGAUUGAACGGCUCUGGAAAAUCAAACAUCCUCGAUUCGAUCUGUUUUCUGCUGGGCAUCUCAAAUUUAUCACAGGUUCGAGCUGGCAGCCUACAAGAACUGGUAUACAAGGGAGGUCAAGCUGGUGUCACAAAAGCAACUGUCACAAUCGUCUUUGACAACAAAGACAAGAAGCAGAGUCCAGUGGGAUAUGACAGCUUUGAUGAAUUCACAGUCUCAAGACAGGUUGUAAUUGGUGGCAGGAACAAGUACCUGAUCAAUGGCAGCAAUGCAAACAACAGCAGAGUACAGGAUCUCUUCUGCAGUGUUCAACUCAAUGUCAACAAUCCACACUUUCUCAUCAUGCAGGGGAGGAUUACCAAAGUACUAAACAUGAAACCUCCAGAGAUCCUGUCCAUGAUUGAGGAAGCUGCUGGGACACGCAUGUAUGAGAACAAGAAGGCUUCUGCUCAGAAGACCAUCGAGAAGAAAGAUGCUAAGCUCAAAGAGAUUGAAUCUGUGUUGAACGAAGAGAUCACUCCCACGCUGACCCGUCUCAACGAGGAGCGCUCCUCCUACCUGGAGUAUCAGAAGGUCCUGAGGGAGCUGGAUCAUUUGACCAAGCUCCAUGUGGCAUACCAGUUUGUCUCCGCUGAGAAGCUCUCCAAGGAGUCUGAGCAGGAGCUGGGCAAGAUCGCAGAGGCAACCACCGCCAUGAGACAGAGGAUGAAAGAGAUUGAUGACAAACUUUUGGAGCUGACAAAUACAAUCCAGGCGUUAGAGAAGGAGAGGGAUGAAGAGGCAGGAGGGGUCCUGAAGGAGAUAGAGAAGCGUCUCGUGGAGGCACAGAACAGUGACACCAAGAUACAGAGCUCACUGCAACACAAGAAAGAGGCCGUCACCAACGAGAAGAAGAACAAGAAAGCCGUUGAAAAGAGCUACACAGAGGAUCAAGCUACGUUGAAAGCCAAGGAGAAGGAGAUCGAGAAGCUCACUGGAAGUUUCACCAAGCUAGAAGAGAAAUGCAAGGAGAAUCAGGAGGGUGUGGCUCAAGCACAGAAGCACCUCCAGGCCGUGUCUGCUGGGCUCUCUAGCAACGAAGAUGGGGAGGAUAAGACCCUUGCUGACCAGCUUAUGACUUGCAAGGCGGAGAUGAAGGCUGCUGAGACGAACCUGAAGCAGGCUCAGAGCACACUGAAGAGCGACCAGGCCGAGCUCAAGAAGAAAGAGGCAGAACUCAAGAAGACAGCCAAGGAGUACGAGAAAGACAAGGCAAACAUGGAGACAGUGCUCAAGAGCAAGACAAAACUUGAGGAUGAGAUGAAGAAGCUUGGCUUUGAAGACGGCAAGGAAGAUGACCUUGAGAACCAACACAAGACCCUCUCAGCCAAGGUCGAUAAUCUUUCAGAUAAGGUCAACGCACUCACAUCCAGAUUCCCUAAUCUUCAGUUUGAAUACAAGGAUCCCGAGAAGAACUUUGACCGUUCCAAGGUGCAUGGUCUGGUGGCUAGACUACUGAAGGUCAAGGAUGUCAAGUAUGCAACAUCCUUAGAGGUCACCGCAGGACGGAAGCUCUACAAUGUGGUUGUAGAUACGGAACAUACAGGCAAGAAGCUGCUACAGAAGGGAGAGCUGAAACGUCGCUUCACCAUCAUACCACUCAACAAGAUAGCAGCUAGAUCCAUCUCAGGAGAUACAGUCAGAGCAGCACAAAACCUGGUUGGUAAAGAGAAUGUUCGCACCGCCCUGACCCUUGUUGGUUAUGAGAAGGAUGUUCAGUCAGCCAUGGAGUUUGUCUUUGGAUCUAGUCUCGUCUGUAAUGACACCGCACAUGCUAAGAAGGUGACCUUUGACCCCAAGGUCAGGACAAGGACAGUGACCCUUGCUGGUGACACCUUUGACCCAUCAGGAACCUUGACUGGAGGUGCUCGUAACAACAGUUCCUCAGUGUUGCGUAAGCUUUCAGAGCUUCAGGAGGCUGAGGAAGCUUUGUUUGUUGAGCAAGAGAAACUCAAUGCUGUCAAGAAAGAAUUGGCCAAGAUCAGAGGAUCCGCAGACAAGAUGCGAGCACUGAAGGAUCAAUAUGAUCUGAAGGUCCAUGAGGCUCAGCUCCUAGAAGAGAGAUUGAAGCAAGGAACACAUCACAGCAAGCUAGAAGAAAUCAAUGCUCUCAAAGCCUCAGUCGAGGAGCAGGAUAAGAUGAUCGGUGAUGCCAAGACCAAACAGAAGGAGACGACAGAGAGGACCAAGAACCUUGAAGAGAAGAUCAAGGAUGCUUCGGCCGUGAGGGAGAGAGAACUCAAGACAGCCGAACAGGAGGUGACCAAGUCCAAGAAGAAGGCAGAGGAGACCAAUAAACAAAUGAAACAAAAACAACAGGAGAUGAACAGUCUCAAGUUUGAGGUGGAUAACCUGAAGCAAGAACUGACCAAGUAUGAUGACCAGCUGACCGCCAGUGACCAGGCCAUUGAAGCCAUCCAGGCCCAGCAAGAAGAGAUGGAACAGCAGGCCAAGGAGUCAAAGGUCAAGGUGAAGGAGACCAAGAAGGAGCUGGAUGGACAGAAGGAAAAGCUGAAAGAGAAGAACCAAGACAUCCAGGCGAAGAUCAGCGAGAGGGAGGCACUGAAGAAGGAAGACCAGGACACUCAGCUCCAGAUCAAAGAACAGGAGCAUGUCGCAAAUAAGAUCACCAGAGAUAGUGCGGAUGCUGUACACAGGGUCGAGAAUCUCAUGACCAAAUAUGAAUGGAUAGCCUCAGAGCGUCAGUUCUUCGGACAGCCCAACACGGCCUAUGACUUCAGCAGCUCUGACCCCAGGGAGAAUGGACGCAGGCUGCAGAAGCUCCAGGAGACCAAGGAGAAGCUUGGAAAGAGUGUUAACAUGAGGGCCAUGAACAUGCUCAGCAAGGCAGAGGAGAAGUACAAUGAGCUGAUGAAGAAGAAGCGAAUUGUUGAGAAUGACAAACAGAAGAUCAUGGAUACCAUCAAAGAGCUCGAUGAGAAGAAGAAUGAAGCUCUCAAGAAAGCCUGGCAACAAGUCAACAAGGACUUUGGAUCCAUCUUCUCCACCCUGUUGCCCGGUACAUCGGCCAAGCUGACCCCACCAGAGGGCAAGGGUAUCCUGGAUGGACUGGAGGUCAAGGUGGCCUUUGGGGAUGUCUGGAAGGAGAGUCUGCAGGAGCUCAGCGGAGGUCAAAGGUCUCUGGUAGCCCUGUCUCUGAUCCUGUCACUACUGCUCUUCAAGCCCGCUCCUCUGUACAUCCUGGAUGAGGUUGAUGCUGCUUUGGAUCUCUCUCACACACAGAACAUUGGUCAGAUGCUCAGGACUCACUUCAAACACUCACAGUUCAUUGUGGUGUCCCUCAAGGAUGGAAUGUUCAACAAUGCCAACGUUCUCUACAAGACCAAGUUUGUUGACGGUGUAUCCACGGUAACACGCUAUGCCCAGCAGCAGUCGUCGCUCCCGCCAUCCGUUCCUGCAUCCUUCGCCCGUGGCAAGACCACCACCACGAAGAAGACAUCGGCAAAGAGAGCGAGGACAGAGCCCCUGACAGAGAAGACAAACUGAUUCUGUAUUGUAGUAUCCUUCUUGAUACAGCAGGGGGUGUUUCACAAAACUUGUCAUCAGUGACAAAUGACAGUUGAUGUUAUAAGCUACUGAAAUCCUUGCUUCUGAUUGGUUAUCAGCAGAUUUGUCACUGAUUUUUGUCAUUGAAAAAAAGGAUCUUUGUGAAACAGAGUCAGAGAAGUAUUACUGAAAAGAUGGUAACUUUCACCACCAUCAGUUUUCACUCUGCAUCGAGGUGGCAGAUUGUUUCAAAAUUAGAAAAUCUGAAAUUUAGCUCCAUGAUGUUGUCAGCUGUCAAAGGCUUCCAAUCUAAAUACAUGUAUGUUGUAGUGACAUCCACAUUUUUGUGACAUGUACUGAAUAGUUCUAUUAAUCUAGAUUCUUCCCCAGUUGAUAAUCAGGAAGAAAAAAAACAGGGAUUUUUCUGUGAUCAUAGAAAAAUUGUAAUGUUUUAUUCAUAGGUGACUGGUCAUGUAUACUGUGAUAUUUUUAUGAUUAUUCAGAUUUGUAAUGUAUUUGUUGUACAGUGUAAAAAAAUGUUUUAAAAUCUGUGACAUCGAAAAGAACUGAAGAAAAAAAAAAAUAGGGAAUACAUACAUGUGAAGAAAAAAGAUGAAGUUCAGAGGUCAUAGCUAAUUAUUAAGUAUGUUCCUUUCACAUAUACCUAGAAUAGACUUGGAAGCAGUUGGAAAUAUAUAAUUAUCUUUCAUAGUCUACUUGCAAGCACAGCUCCUUGUGGUACGAAAAUUAUCGGUUUGCAAAUAAGGAAUUUUUAUGUAUCUUUCAAGGCCAUUGCCCUCACAAACUUCUUCAGAGGCACAUGAUAUUUUUCAUAUCUACUUCCAAAAGCAAUUGAUUCCAACCAACCUUUGCCCACUUCCAAUUAUUAAAGAUUGUAUUUAGCUGAGGCAUGGGUUACGAGUUGACUGAAUCAAUGCUAUCUUCAUGUACGAGAGACUCAGAGAUAAGAAUGCAAGAUGAGACGUGCAGAGAUUAGGGCUUUGGCUUCUUCAGAUCAGGAAAGGUUCAUCGCUGUCAGAAUUUGACAAUUGGAGUCUGGAUCAAACACUCCAUGAUAAGAGUACGCAGAUAAGUGUGCCUUCAUAGAUAGUGGUAACCGUUAUUGUCAAAACAUGAUGAUAGGAUAUCGGGAGUGACGCGAUAGCUGGCAAGGCAAUGUAAAUAGUCGAUUCCACCGAAUCAAGGCUGCAAAUAUUGCUGAUUCAAGCCUUCAUUCCAUGGUUUUCUUCUGUAAUCACUGAUAAUGCAUUUGCUGAAUUUUAAGAACCUUCAGCCUGUAAUCACUGAUUUUGCAUGCACAGAAUCUGUAGAGUCUAUGAUAACACAUGUUUAAUGACAGGUCUGCACAAAAUUGCAAUUGAUCACAAUGAAGAUUGAUCACGUUUCUAUGAUUGUGAUUAAUUGUAUUCAAGUACAGCAUAUCUGAAAUAAGCAUGUUGAUUUUUAAGCACUUGUAUUUAACAAUUGAUAAGAGGAAUCAAGUAGUUCCCAUGACACCAAGCCUCAUGAAUGAGAAUGCAGAAGUUAAUGGCCCAAAUUCACAAAGGAGGUUUGUCGAAAAACCUCCUUUUGUUUCGACAAACCUCCUUUUGUUAUUCACAAACCAGGUUUGUAAAAAACGAGUCAAAACGCGUCAUAUGAUGUACAUAAACCUCGGUUUGUCGACAAACCUCCUUUGUGAAUUCGGGCCAAUGGGUUCAAACUGGAUCAUUUAAGAGGAGGUUGGGGUCUGGUAUAGAUGAAAAAUAUUUGAUAAUUUCAGUGUAAUCGCAAUACCAUUACUCAACUUUAUCUUUAAAAAGACUAUUUAUCCACACCAAGAUUAUGUAUUUUUGAAUCAGCACAAUGAACCAUCAAUCUUAUUACUUUUUUGUUAUAGUCUUAAAAUUGGUCUAUAUGCUUUAUUAAUUAGGGCAGAAGUGGUUUUCUCUCCUUUGUUGUAAAGGUGAGAAACUACCCUAAUGAGCUGCAACCAUGUCAAAUCUUAUCAGUUCAAAGUCUCCCAAGUUUGUCUUCCAUGAUCCUUUGUGUCAACUCUGGGAUUGAUAAUAACUACCCCCAAGCAGUGAUGAUAAGUAGGGUACAUAACAAACAGAUAUGGGUUCUAUCUUUAGAGCAUCAGUCAGGUGUCUUGGAGAUUAAUCUUUCAUCGACCCCGAUCUGUAAACAUGCUUGCCAGCUUUUGCCACUUUGCGAAAUAUAUGCCCAUGCAGGGAAAUAAUGUCUGCUAUAUAUAUAUAUAUAAUCCAUCCCACAUCAAGUAUUUUGCAAUGAAUUUCUUAAUGCAAAUUUCUUAAUAAUUUAUUCAGUUAUGUUUGAGCAAGAAAACAUUGACAAGAAAAUAAUCUACAAAAAUUUUUGACCACUAAUAGGUGUGGAGAUAAUAGUUAAAAUUACCAGUUUUUAUAUUUGUGGGAAAUAUCUUUUUUUCUUUUUUUGGUCACUUUAGAAUGAUGUAUGAACAUGAAAGUAUGAAUCCUUAGUAAAUGCCUAUGACCUUACCGACACUUAUUCUGUAUACAUGUACAUGCUCCUUUCCUAUCAGCGUUUGUAAUAUUUAUGGUGAAAGGUUAUUGAGUUAUGCAAACAUGCUCCAUUUUAAACCAAGUUGCCAUGGAGUUGUUUAUAUGACCUUAUGACCCAUGUCAUCCAACAUCCUGUGUAUGAAUACAUUUUCCUUGGAAAAUGGUAACAAUGGCGCAUUUCCUACCUUACUGAUGUGCAUUAGGCAGAGAAACCUGUCAUGGAUAUGUGUUGGUGAGAUGAAGAUACUUCCUCUUGAAAAUCCUUCCAUUUCCGUUAUUAUCUUCUUUGAUCCGACUCCCUCUUCGUUGUACAUAAGAUCAUAUUAUUGACUGUGUAGAUAGACUAGUAUGGUAUUAACUGUGGUCGUAAAUUAUGCAGUGAUGUUUAGAUUAUCUUUGUAGAAGUAUGAUGAAGCAAAUUCUCAUGAUUUAUAGUGUAAUGUUUUCUCUGUAAAUAAAUGUAUAAAGAAUGGUGUGUACGUUGUAUUUAUGGUAUGCAGUGGGCUCAAAUGUGUACAUAAAGUCAUGUUUUAAUCCAAACAUUUAAUGGAAAAUUCUCAGAACUAUGUUUUAUCUCUAUCUUUAACCAUUCAUUUAAAAAAUUGUAAUAAAAGUAUUUAAAGAUGUAGAUGAGGAGAGAAGAAGCAAUUAAUGAAUAAUAAUAAUAAUAAUAAUAAUAAUAAUAAUAAUAAUAAUAAUACUCAGUUUUCAUAUAGCGCAAAUUAAAAUUAAGUCUCUAAGCGCUAUGGAAAUAGAAGUAAAUCAAGAAGUGAGUACAGAAGAAAUGAAAUAAGAAGAACAUAAUAGCAUGAUGAAUAUCUGAUGUACAGGUAUAGAUCAAAUUGUCUGUUUUGAGCUAGAAGAGCAGUAAGUCGUAUCAUUUUACAGAAUUAACGCCCUUCUGGCUCCAAACAGGCCUACAUCCUAAUGAAUAAUAUACAGAUUAAUUCUUUUGUUUUCAGCCAUGUACAUAAAAACAGUGUCUCAAAUCUCGUUAUUACCAUUACCAUUAUAGCCAUGCACAGAUAUAAAUGUAAAUUGAAUUUUAAAAAAGCAUUAUUUGACUUGCGAUAGUUGGAGAGUUUCAUAAUGAAUGGAUAGCAGUCCGUGAGAUGAUGAAUUAAGGAAGGAUCCAUCAAAUUUCAUGAUUUGGUGUAAGGUAUUUUGUGAAUGAUGCUGAAAUUAGCCUGCAGGAAUGGAAAUUGAUGAUUGAAAUACAUGUACAUGUAGAUGUACACUGUAGAUGCUUGUCUGUGUGGACCAAAAUGCAGAUUAUUAAAGUCUAGCACAUUUUGUAUAUUUGUACAAAA